AUGGGUCUUUUAAGGCUAUUUGCCUGUGUUCUUUUUGCUUUCUACAUUGUGGAAUCAAGAGUGUAUUUUAAAGAGACUUUUGGUGGUAAGUCUUGUGUCUUGUUUUUUUAAUAUAUAAACAACAUUUUAAUAAACAGCGGCGAAGCUUAUCUAGGCAACUUUCCCUAAAUAUUUACAUAUCAAUAUUGAAUUAUAUAAAAAAGACUUUCAAAGAGACAGACAAAACAAAUAAAUUUAAAAAGGACACACGCACAAACAAUUAAGACAACUAGUUCAUUUUACAAAGGCACCAAAAAUGAUAUAAACGCAUACAGCCACAUGCAAAACGACCCGAUUCAACUAUAAAACACUGAACACUAGUGAACAAACUUCUAUUAAAAAAAGAAAAAAAACAAAAAAAUAUUUCCGUUGAAGAGCCACAUAAGACUAGUUUUUCUGGAUGCAUUCAACCAAAUGGUCCCAAGCAAGAGAGCAGCAGAGGUGAGCAACUUAACGCGAGGAGCAGCAUAUCGGUCACAGUCAAAAAAGAAGUGGGAGAUCAUUUGGAUACCCACAUGCACAAGAAGGAGAGGAAACGCACUUUUUUAAAAAUAGAUCAUAAUUUAUGAAAAAUAGCCGGUAAAAGAUCACCGACCUAAUAUAUAAUUAUAAAGGAUUACAAAUUGAAACAUCAAGGUGUUGAUCGAUCCGCAUAUUCGGAAAAUACAUAAUUUAUGUACAAAUGCUGAUAUAAGUAAAAUGUUUCUUUCUAGAUGCGGACUGGGAAAAACGCUGGAUUAGCUCGACCAAGAAGGGAAGUGAUGCUGGCAAGUUUGUUUUGUCCGCUGGCAAGUUUUAUAAUGACCCUGAGCUAGAUAAAGGUAAUAAAACUAUAUAUUGGCUGUCUUCUCUCUUUAAUAGUCCAAAUGUUUCGCUUAUUCCUUUCAUUCACAUUGUUUUCAUACAGGAAUUCAGACAAGCCAAGAUUCUAAAUUUUACAGAAUCUCAGCGAAACUUGAUGAAGGUUUCUCAAACAAGGGAAAAGAUCUUGUGAUUCAAUUUACAGUCAAACAUGAGCAAACCAUUGACUGUGGGGGGUGGAUACGCCAAGGUAUGCUGUAUAUCUCGCUAUAUAUCACUUUUCAACGUUGAGCCUAAAUUUCGUAUUGUUUUGUGUUAAGCAGAAUAUUCAUCAAAACAGACUGCUAAAGCAUCCAAAGUCACAGAUAUUAGUAUAUUGCAUUUUUGAUCCUGUACACAGUACACUUCCCUGUAUUUAUAAGGAGGCAACACAUUUUGGAUGGAGGGCAAAAAUCUUUUCCAGAGGUUGUUGUUCAUUUGGAAAUUCUAAAAAAUGCAUUUCCAGUAUAAACAAUCACUUGGAAACUCCAAGCUGCCUCAUAAAAUUAAAACUCAAUAUGAAAGGCAAUUGGAAUGGGUCAUCCCAGAAAACAUCCAACUUCCCCCGUGGAGGAAAUUGGAAGUUAAUCCCUUUACCCCCUUCAGAUGUCAAUACGCUAUUAUCAAAACGAAUCUCUCCUCCGGACUUUCUGCUCCGGACUUCGAAGAUUUCUUCCUUGGGGUGAGUGUGGAUCUUUUCUGGAACAACCCAAUCAAGGCGAAGGGCAAUUCGCUCACGCUUCGUGAGAACGAUGCUACAGGCCAAGGAGGAAUUUGUGUCGUAAUUAUCAAAAGGGUGUAUUCCUGCAGGGGUGUAGGAAGCAGGGGGCUGGGCGAGGGGGGCUGCCCCCCCCAAUAGUUUAUAGAGAGGGGAAGGGAUGAUUUUCGGCCACACCCCCCGCCCCACCCCGUACACCUCCUAUUGGAUUUAAAUAAUAAUCAAAAAUUUCUGCGAAAUUCUCGAAACUGGAAGUAUUUGAAACCGUGUUUAUCACAAUAAUGUAUCAAUUGUUUAUUGUUAUUUUAAUAACAACAUUUUUGCGAGUAUGUAAGUGUGACAUACAAGUGCGAGUUCGAUUGCAUUGAUGAUCGGCAAGUUACUGUAAUUACUGUAAUAUUAAUCAUGGUGCGGGUCGUUCUUUUUGAUUUCAAAAAAGCCUUUGACUUAAUUGAUCAUGGUAUUCUCGGAGACAAGCUUACUACCUUCGAAAUAUCAAAGCGAAUCAUUGGGUGGAUCAUUAAUUUUCUCAAAGACCGUAAACAGCGCGUCAAGUUAAGCCAAGAUUGUUAUUCUGAAUGGGGUUUGGUUCCGGCAGGCGUGCCCCAAGGGACUAAAUUGGGUCCUUGGCUUUUUGCUAUAAUGAUAAAUGACCUAGAAGUAGCGGAUAUAGAUUUAUGGAAGUAUGUGGACGAUACUACAAUCUCCGAGAUUGUCCUUAAACAUGAAGCCGGUAGCAUCCAAUCGCAGGUAGACGAGUUUACAAGGAAAUCAACUGCAAAUAAAUUUCAGUUAAACGAAGAGAAAUGCAAAGAGCUUCAAAUUACCUUUGCAAGACCUGGGCGUACGUUUACACCCGUGUAUGUUAAUAAUAAGCCGAUCGAAGUUGUCCCUUCUGCAAAAAUAUUGGGCAUGCGAAUUACGAACGAUCUUAAAUGGAAUACCCACAUCUCAGAGAUUGUGAAGAAAGUUUCAACAAGACUCUUCUUUCUUUGUCAACUAAAAAGAACAAAAAUCUGUACAAAGGAUUUACUAACAUUUUAUCUGACCUGUGUGCGUCCUGUGACGGAACAUGCAGCUUGUCCCGUUUUCCACGACUCCUUACCCAAUUAGAUAGAUAGUUUAAUGAAUCAAACAUCGCAGCCAAAAAAGGCUGAAUUACAAAUGAUUUACAAAUGAUAUGAAAUAAAAUACUAAGUUCAUUAUUUACAGUUCAUUGUUGCUUAAUAUAUUACUACGCUAAAAACUACAACGCCACUUUUCAAUUCACGAAGCCAAAAAAUGGCUGAAUUACAAAUGAUUUACAAUUGAUAUAAAAUGAUUUACAAUUCAUUGUUGCCAUGCGAAGAUCUGGAGAAGUUACAAAAGCGAGCCCUUCAUAUCAUCUUCCCAACGGUACCUUAUGCAGAAGCUUUGGUAGAAGCGGGAGUUGACUCAUUAUUUAAUAGAAGACAAAUUCUAACUACUAAACUAUUUAAUGACAUUGCAAAUGACGAAAGUCAUAAGCUUUACCAAUUACUACCAAGUAGGCCUAAGAACUUUUCAAAUUAUAAUAUGAGGAAAGAGAUCAUUUUUAACAUUUCUAUUAGUAGGACGAAUAGAUUUAAAAAUAGUUUUAUACAACAUAAUUCUACAAUGUAUUUUAGAUAAAGUAAAUAUUUAUUGUAAAGUUAGAAGCGUAAUUCAACCCGUGGGUUGUAAUGUUUUUAAUUAAUUAAUUAAUUAAACUAUCUAUCUAUCUAUCCAUCCUGGCUCACGGAUAGCUUACAAAUCAUAUAAUGACAGAAUUUGAAAAGGCUUAACGAAAGUGGUGGAGAAGAUGCUAUUUCGGACGAUCUGGAGAUUUAAAAUUUUCAAAAAUUUUCCCGUUCGGCGGAAGUCGGCCCCCCUAAUUUUUACUGAAGUCCCCUACGUAUACGCACCUAUAUUCCUGGGAAAGGAUGAGUGGGCAUAUGGUUCAAAAUUAUAACAUACCAAUAGACUCCUUGCUUUGUUUGUAUGUUUCCUGUUUAAAAAGUUCCCAAGAAAGGUUGGUUAUUAUGAUAUGCAUUGUUGAGUCACAAUGCAGAAUCUAAUCUUUUGUACAUCCUGAAUUUGCCUGCCAGGAAGGUUUUAACUAGACAAGGAAGUAUGCCUUUCCUCUCUUGUUUGUUUGUUUGUUGCUGCAAUUUGUCUUAAUUCUUAGCUGUUUUACUCUGUCUCAUUUGACCCACAUUAUGACACUGUAUGAACGAUGAAUAGUGAAUUGAAAAUAAAAAUGGUUUGGAAGGUUGUAUAUAAUCUCUUUAUAGGCUCUUGUAAUAGAAUGUUUGCAUGGUAUACAAUAUUUUUCAUGCAUUCAUGUUAUGUAAUCUUGUAGAUAUUUGGAAGUGACUUGGACCAAGCUGAUAUGGAUGGUGAUACACCCUAUAAUAUCAUGUUUGGUAAGUUCUCAUGUUUGGAGCUUAUAAAUGCACAAGAGACUUCUUUAGUGCCAAGGCACUAAGAACUCCCGAAAGUGACAUAUGGCAACGUUUUUAAGGCAUUUAAGCAGUGAAUCAGAACGAUGAGGGACAUGCAUACCCACCAAAACAGGGCCCCUUGUGAGGUAGUCCAGUCAACUUUAUAUUUCUCUGCCACUACUAGGACCUGACAUCUGUGGAUCUGGAACAAAGAAAGUUCAUGUAAUCUUCAACUACAAGGGAAAGAACCUCGUGACCAGAAAAGAUAUCAGAUGUAAGGUGUGUAGAUGACUUAAUUUAGGGUCGGCCAUGGGGUUUUGGGUAUACAGGAUCUAAUGGGUAUUAAAUUCCAGUACACUGUACACUGUAUAUUUACUUAAAUGUUAUGACUAAUUUUGGGUAUUAGGUAUACAGCUUCUGGUUGUUUUAGGUAUUUUGUAACAUUUCGACCAUAAUAAUAGGUAUUUUGAUCCAUAUUUAUCACGUAUUUAGGAUACCACGAACCCCCCUGGCUUACCCCUUUAAUUAGUACAGCCAUGUGGAUUAGGAGGUGGAACGUAAGUAACGAUCAUGGGAAGGUUAACAGUCUCGUGCGGGAUGGGAGAUUCUUCCUAGCCAAUCCUAGGGGACGGGAUAUUCAUCCCACGGGCCGGAAUCCUGUGGGAUUGGAAUUCCGUGAGGGAUAAUAUGUAAAAUUUGCUGGCAUUUGCUAACUGUCUGUUGUACACAUGGUCAAGACAGCUAAAAUUGGACGGUUAAACCACGAUAGACUACGGCCUCAUUUCCGCCCACGAGCGUCUGUGACGCAGGCUAAACCACGACAGCAAGGAACAUUUUGCAAAAUUGAAGGAAGAAGGCAACACGCCUGGUGUUUCAAUAAAUUCAAGUUUUAUGUCUUAUUGCCAAAGUAGAAAAAACUGUGUAUGUGAUCGUAUAUUAACUACUGCAUAAUAAUGCACCAAGUUAAACUAUGUGUUCAUAAUGCUACAAUAGAACUGUUUGUUUUAGAAGCCAUGCCCAUGGAUAGUUGACAAUAAAAGUAGAAAUACUUGGAAGAAUAUUUACAUCUUGAAAUUUCAAGAUGCGAGUCAAACGAUAUUGGAUGUCCAUAUUCCUAUGUAUAUAUUGGCAAUAAACACUAAAACAGUGUCGAUUGUUGAUUUUAACGAUUGAUCGGUGUUGAUAAUAUAUUUUCCAGGGCCUCUUUUAACAUAUAGACUGGGGGGACAUGUCCCCCCAGCCCUCUUACUGCCCCCCCCCCAGUCGGCAAUUUUGUCCCCCCUCCAGUGAGGUUCCUAAGAACUACCUGCAGUAGGUGGUCAACCAGCAAUUAUGUAUCAAAGUGAGAAAAUGAUGUUAAGUUGUUAACGUUUCUGAAUUUGACCAUCAUCUGCAGGCCCGUAACUAGCUAUGAGUCAACCAGAGUCCGUUGACUCGGUAGGCCAGAAUUUGGGGACUGAAAUUUAAACCGCAUCGCCAGAUCAGAAACCUAAACCAUGACUGAUAUAAUUUGCUCGUGCAACAAGGCAUGAAAUUAAAUGGCAUUUUAGGACGAUGUUUAGUUUUUCCAAGUAAAGAUACUCCAAAGAGACCAUUCCAUCUUGCUCUUCAGUGACACUGAGAAGACGAAUGCGUCGAUUUCAAGUACCCAAUACAUGUAAUACAGUACUGUAGAAUUUGAAGUGUGGUGAAUGAUAAUACUAUACCACGCACAUUUUCAUUACCGCAACUCUUCAAAAUGCUGGAAAUAGUUUAUCUGAGCUUCAAAAAUCCAAAAUGUUCUGGGGGGGGGCAUGCCCCCAGACCUCUCUAUAGAGGCUCGCACCUUCGGUGGAAGCAUAGUUAAUAGAAUAGAUGGUUUGGAAACUCAUUAGAAUAACAACAUAACUCAUUAUCUAUGUUAGUCAACGUUUAUUCAUAAAAUAGUCGUUCACCGUCACGUGUGUAUUGUGUUCUUGCCAAAUCCACCAAUAGCAAUUUUCAAUUUACCCUAUUGUUCGAGUCACGGAUAGGUAACAUUCCUAAAACAUUCCUAUUAGUUAGUUGGGCAAAAAUACAAUAAUACGCACAUGACGGUGAACGAGCAGAUUUAUGAAUAAACGUUGACUAACCAGUAGCGUAGCCAGCCCGACGAUUUAGUCCCGCUAUGCAAAUAUUUUCGUGUUCAUUGACUGUGAAAACAAUCAAUUGCUAAGGAAAUGAAUAAUGAUAAUAAUUUGAAUUUGCAUAGCGGGACUAAAUUGUCGGGCUGGCUACGCCACUGUGACUAACAUAGAUAAUGAGUUAUAUUGUUAUUCUAAUGAGUUUCCAAACCAUCUAUUCUAUUAACUAUGGUGGAAGACUCGGUUGUCUCAGAAUCCUAGUUACGGCCUGCAUGUUCUGCUGCCCUAUGACGUAUAUACUUAUUAGUUUAACCAUGCAUAUAUAUGCUGGUAGCUGCAGUGAUACAGACUUGCCGACUGGAACUUCUCAAGGUCCCCCGCUAAAUAUGUCCUCUCCAGAGGCCCUGUUAUUUUCCUCACUGCAUGAUCAACGCAAGAUCAACGCUUAUACGUCAUGCAAUUAAAUUUCUUUGAGCAAAUCAUAAAAGCAUGCAUGCUAACCUAAAUUUAAAAGAUAAUGCAAUAAUACUCAUUUUAAAAUCUUUUAUAUCGUUUUCAUUAUUUCAUGCUUAUUUGCUAACGUCAAAAUAUAGCAUGCAGGAUAAAAUUCUUUUUCGCAGGACGGCAACUAAUUUUAUAGGCCAUUUUGCAAGUAAAAAUUACUUGUAUAUUGGUAAACAUGUGCUGUUGCUGGUUUAGGAAACUGUGCGUUCUGAAACAGUACAUUGUUUUUUUGCAGGAUGAUGAGAUGACCCAUCUUUAUACAUUGAUUGUGAAACCAGACAACACUUAUGAAGUAAGAAUUGACAAUGAAAAAGUUGAAAGUGGUGGACUCGAGCAAGAUUGGGACUUUUUACCUCCCAAGAAGAUCAAAGAUCCUGAAGCUAAGAAGCCUGAUGAUUGGGUGGAUGAAGCUAAAAUCCCUGAUCCUAAAGAUAAGAAGCCUGAUGUGAGUUGGACAAUCAUGCUUUGAUUUUAAAAUUGGUCCAGAUUACUGCCAAUAAUUAAGCUAAAAAGUAUGACAAACUAAUUGUCACAACUAAGUUUUGUAUAUGCAAACAAACCUUGAAAUUGCUUUUGCAGUAAUUAGCAUGAACAGACGAUAAAAGUCUUAAAAGAGUAGAUGUUGUGGUUUUGGACAAAAUUGACUGAAAAAGAAACAUUAAGUGUCUUAAGUGAUUAUUUAGCAGCCUGGGUGGAAAAAUUGUAUAAGCAUGUGAGCGCUGCUCACAGGAAAUUUAAACAGCUGCAGGAAAUUAUCCUAAGGCUAGAUUUAACACAAACUUGCCCUGCAGGAAAUUUGUAUCAUCAGGCUGGGCAUGCAGGAAGAAAAUUAUUUUUUCCACGCAUGGAAAUUAGGCUGUUUGUCAGGGAAUUGGAUGCGAUUUCUGAACCACAUGAGAGGUAGAUUAACUAUUUUUAUAUAAGCUUUUUAAAGUAGACCAAAACCACACCAGUUCACUGUAUAAUAUGAUAUGUUCGAGUAUAGUAUUUUAACAAAAGUUGCAUAACCUGAUAUGUGACUGUUCACAAACUCAAGUGACUUGUAGCAUGUGGAAUUUGCUAGAUAACUUUCUAAUUAAAAUAUAUUUUAGGACUAUGACAAACCAAAACAUAUUCCUGAUCCUCACGCCAAGCAACCUGAAGAUUGGGAUGAUGAAAUGGAUGGCGAAUGGGAACCACCCAUGAUUGAUAAUCCUGAAUACAAGGUAAUAGAAAGAAAUCAAAGAAAACUGUACAAAAUACAUUUUUAUCCAAAUUAAAAAAUCCACACAAAUCGAAAAGAAAAUGUUUUUAAUUAAUAUACAUACAGUAAAAUGACAUUUUGAAGUUUCAGGUAAUUUAGAGACAUUGCUCAAAAGUAUUGUUUCUAUUGUUUCAUUUUUGUAGACACUGUAGAUUUUAUAUUUUGCUUACAUGAAUGUAUUACUUUGAACAUGAAAUAUGAUAUGAACAAACCACUUUGUCUUAAACAUGUUUUGGUUUCUCAAAGUCUCCCUUUUUCUUUGGCACUUUCAUAAAUAGGGUGAAUGGAAGCCAAAAAUGAUUGACAACCCAGCUUACAAAGGAAAAUGGGUUCAUCCUGUAAUUGACAACCCAGAUUAUGCCCCAGAUUCAGAGCUUUACAAAUUUGAUGACAUUGGAGCUAUUGGAUUUGACUUAUGGCAGGUAUGUGCUCUGUGUUGUAUAUUUUAAAAUAUAUGCACAAUUAAUGUUUGUUAAUAUUCCAAGCAGAAUCGUUGAAAAUCAACAAUAUUUUGUAGCUAUUUACCCCUAUUUUCUCAACCUCUUUAGUGUGUGCUUGUUUUAAUAAGUACGAGUUCAUGUAUUUAGCUGUCAUUUUAAAGAGUUUUUUCGUUUAAAUGUGGAGAUUUUGACCGAGUUUGUUCUUCGUCUUCGGAGCCUUUUUAAGUCGAGUUUUUCGAUUAAAUUUUAAUCUAAACUAUUGUCUAAGUGUACUAGAUUAUGGAAAUUGUUUGCCUCUUUAUGUUCCAGAUAUCAGUUAAAGAUUUCAACGACAUUCGGAUAAUCGGAUUCUUUUGCAUGUGUGUGCAUUUUUAUUCCGCUUUUUAAAACUUUAUUUACUAAUUUUAUAGUAACAAUUCGGGAAGCCAUUUUGUGUUCGAAAUUUUGGACUUUUUAAGCCUUGUUUCCUUCUUUUAAAUAAGUUUUAAUUAACCAAACUUUGCUUCUAUAACGGUCUCUUAAUAUUAUACUGUUUUACGCAUAAAGAUCUUAUAUAAACUAGAUAGCGCAUCUCUUUUAGUAAAAUUGAAGCCAAGAAUAUUCCAGCUGUUACCCCCAUUUGAAUAGAUGGCGGCCAUGUUGAAGUUUCCCACUCGCUAAUAAACGCUUAAAAAACAGCAAUAACUUUCAUCAUUUGAAUAGUUUGAAAAUGUAUUUGGAAUAGGUUUAACUUAGUGUUUAAGUUCCCUGUUUAAGAAAUAGAAAACAUACGAGUCUUCUCAUUUCAUGGGAAUAUCCUGAGUGACAGAGUCUGCAAUCACGGCUUCAAUUUUUAAAUUGCAGAAUAAUUAGAUGCACUAUCUAGUGUAUAUAAGAUAUCUAUGGUUUUACGACAUGUAUUUUAACUUUUUUAAAACUGACAAGUUGUAUUUUUCAAGUCAUUCUCGAGAGUUCGCAGCACUGAGUAGUUGUCAACAAGGCCGAGGCGAAAUGUCGCCAAAGGAAGCCAUUUAAACGCUCAUUUCGUUAAAACGUUAUUAUUUUACAUAAAAAUCAAGUGAAAAAUUCCGUUUUGUAAACCUAAUAUAAUGAACAUGUUAUGUAUUAUCCAGGGGGGGGGAUAGGGGUAUACAAAUCCGCAGAUCCGCCCAAAUUUGAAGCAAAAUCCGCGAUCCGACAAUGGUCUUGGCUAAAUUUGAAUAACUAAAUUGCAAGCUAAAUCUACAAUCCCAGCCAAAAUAUUAGAUAAAUCCGCAAUCCACUGUAUUAAUAAGAUCCGCAAAUCCGUGUAAAAUGUUCGCCAGAUCCGAAGUCCGAACAAUUUUUUCUGUGAAAUCCGGCGAUCCGAAAACCUAUUCACCCCCCCGUCCAGCAAACAGAAAUUAUCUCUAAAAGUUUCAACAUCUUUUGAAGAAUAACUUGUCACAAACAUUGAUUAUUUAUUAGCUUUACAAUCAUAUAAAGUGCUAUACCAGGGGUGCUAUACAAUCUAUAACAAUGAUUGAAGUAUGGUCAACAGGACAGGAGUCCCAUAUGAAGACCAAGAGAUAGAAAGAUAGUUAUAGACAUUAGAGACAGACAGACAGACAGACAGACAGACAGACAGACAGACAGACAGACAGACAGACAGACAGACAGACAGACAGACAGACAGACAGACAGACAGACAGACAGACAGACAGACAGACAGACAGACAGACAGACAGACAGGCAGGCAGGCAGGCAGGCAGGCAGGCAGGCAGACAGACAGACAGACAGACAGACAGACAGACAGACAGACAGACAGACAGACAGACAGACAGACAGACAGACAGACAGACAGACAGACAGACAGACAGUUCAGUUUAUUUUAUAGGAUGGUAUUAACCCUGACUCUUCCACAGUCCCUAACAUUGCUUAUUCAUGCAAUGAUUCAUGGGAAUGCGAUGAAAAUUGAGUAUAACGCAAAGGAACAUGAGAAUGCCCCGAGCGCGAGUUGGAUAAUUCAGCGCGCGUUGGGUAAGCAACUGGGGACGAGUCAGUGUAUUAACCAAUCUAUAUUUUCUAUAAUGUAGGUAAAAUCAGGUACAAUCUUUGACAACAUCCUUAUCGCUGACUCUGUGAGUGAUGCUGAAGAGUUUGCAAAAGAAACAUUUGACAAAACGAAAGUAGGUGAAAAGAAAAUGAAAGAUGAACAGGAUAAGAAAGAAAGGAACCAGAGGAAGAAGAAAUAAAAAAGGACGAAAAAGGUGCAAAGAAAGAUGAUAAAGAGGAGGUAAGACAAAGUGAAAGUUAAAAGUGAAAGUUAAAUGUGCUGAUAUAAGACAAGUGGAACUUUAGGAUUGUACGAUUACGAUGGUUACGAUUAUAAAUAUUUCUAUACCACAAAUUUCCAUGUGGAUAUGGUCAAAUGCGCUUUACAUCAAGUAUUACGCUUAUCUAAUUACAUACACGGCAAAAAACACCGAGCCCGUUGCUCAAUAGGACUGAACAAUGUUUUGCUGCCCACGUUGUUCACACUUGUCAACAACAUUGAACAAUGUUGUUGAGCCUGAAUCGGGUGUAACAAUAUUGUUCAAUAUUGUUGACAGCUAGGAACAAUGUGGGCAGCAAAACAUUGUUCAAUCCUGUUUUCAUCAGUAUGCCAUCAACCUGAGCGUUUUUUUGCCGUGUACUUAGCCUAGAUUAUUUUAUCUUUACAACAAUUGUGAUAUUACUUUCUUAACUGUGUUUAUCCUAACCCACGCUGUCAACUUUCCCUGUUGGAGGAAACCGGAGCACUCUAAGGAAACCCACGACUCUUUUCACAUGAGUCCGUAGCGGGAACCGAACCCACGAACUCAGAGGUGAAAGGGGCUUGCUCUGACGACUGCGCCACCGUACCGAAGGAUUGUGCUCCCGUAGAAUGCGGUGGCAGCUACAAUUCAAUUUCACCUAUUAGUAUUUUCUGCUUUUAUUUUUGUCUUUUUUGUUGUCUUACAUAGUAUGCCGAAAACGCGAAUUUGUUCAGAAACAUUAUUGUUUCCUAGCUGUGUUUCCCGAAGUCUAUAACAUAAAACAUUGCCGGAAAACUAAAAAUUCACAAUUUUGAAACAAAAUAAGUUUCUGAAUUUGUUGGGAAAUAUUUCUGUUUUCUGGGAGAUCUAUAGUUUGUUUUUACAACGUUUUAGGGUUAUCACAAAGAUUAGCAGAAAAAUCGAAAUGUUUCCACAACAAUGCGUCCAUGAAGUUGAAGAAAUAAAUGUGGAGCAUUCUUAAUUUUACACUAUUUAUUAUUAUAUAUAUUUAAUUAUAAUAAUAUUUAUUAGAUAUAGCUACAACAGACAUGUGACUUCACAAGAAA